ACCAAUAUACCAAUCAGCCGCCAGGCAAAGCCUCAAAGAUGCGGGCAGGGAAAGCAGACUUUAAUUGUUUCUCUAGCGAAGAACCAGUUGGCAUCUGCCUUACUGUCUAUCAACAUGAGCCUGGAAUGUUACCAGUAAGCAGGCAAGACAUGAAUGGGUCAUAAAAUAAAACUUUUAUAACCGACAAAAUAAUAGAGCAAUAAAAGACUUGUUACAGCUUUGUCUGGCCAAAGUUUACAGAAAUUAUUGGUAGUACGUGGCAUAUUCCCUUGCUCACCUUCACACAAUUGCUGUUUUCUGUUUUUGCUCGGUAACUUCGUACAUCUUUUUCGUUGGUUUUUUUUCUUCGGGGCAUUUAUCAUGGUCUCGUUUGACAAUUGUGUUCAAUCAUUCAUAAAGUUUUCCAAGUUUUAUUCUGAAAUUCCACAGAUUGGUGUAGCUCUCAUGUCAAUGAGACUCAAGUGGUCAGUACUUUGAAUGUGGAAACAAGAAUAAUUGGUAGCUCUCUCUUUUUUUUUUCUCUUUUGGUAAAUAAAGGGAAUAGAGAAUA